AUGGCCGACGGCAUAUCCAUUUACGACGAAAUCGAAAUCGAAGACAUGACCUUUGACCCUACCCUCCAAAUCUAUCAUUUUCCGUGUCCCUGUGGUGAUAGGUUUGAGAUCGGGAUUGCAGAUCUCAGAGAUGGAGAGGAAAUCGCAGUUUGUCCGAGUUGUAGCUUGAUGAUCAGGGUAAUUUUCGAUUUGGAUGAUUUACCGAAGGAAAAUGAAGACGAUACUAGUCUAGCUACCGUGGCGGUCCAGGCGUAA